UUCAUUGGAGAAUAAAAAUUUAGUUCCCAUUAAUAAUUUCCCUUUUUUAAACUCUGAGACUGAGAGAGAAAGAGAGAGGACAAAUUGCACUUUCCAUUAAAAUAACUUCACGAGUCAAUCAAAUACAAAGUCCAAAAAAAGCUGCAAAUAAAUAAUGUUGCGUUCCUUUGAUAUAAUCCUGUGUUUCUUCUCUUAAAUUUGUGAAAUUCAAUCGUUUCAGUAUUGGGUAUGUCACUAAAUUCAACAGGUUUACUCAACUUAGAACCUUUUUUCGUUUCUGGGUUUGUUCCUUCCUUUGUUUCUGAGUUUGUUCCUUUCUUUGUUCUAUCAUAUUUUCUUUUUGGUUAGCCGGCUGAAUAUUUUGAGUCUUUUUUUGCUGAUAAACUUGUGAUGUUUUGAAAAAAAAAACAGUUAAAGAUCGUACCUGGGUUUGUUUUUUUUUUUAAAUUAUUAUAUAUAAUAUUUUCAGUAAUGGGUAAUGCUAGUGUUAGAAAAGAUGGAGACGGUACUUCAGGAGUGAAGAAUACUGAAUAUGGAGAGGGUUAUGAGCAGUCUAUGGAGCUUGGACAUGGUGAGGCUCAUGGUAGAUAUCAUGGGCAUGGUGUGUUUUUAGACCCCAUGGCUCAAUUUCCUUCUCACGAGUCUCCUCUAGUGUUCAAUUCACAGGUUGCUGCGGCUUCCUUAGCAAGACCAGGUGAGGUCGUGCAAGUUCAAAAUCCUGCCAUUCAGCAUAAUAUGGCAUAUUGCAGUGAAAAACAGUCAGUGAUGAUAGUAUGGAGUCAUGGUGGCAAUCAAGUUGCUGUCACUGGAUCAUGGGACAAUUGGGAGACUGUAGAGCCCUUGUGGAGUUUAGGCAGAUAUUUUGUUAUGAUGAAGAAGCUUCCUUUGGGUGUAUACCACUACCGCUUCAUUGUUGACGAUACGCUGACCUAUUCUCCAGAAUUACCUUGGAAACUUGAUGAUGCAGGAAGUGCUUACAAUAUAUUGGAGUUGCAGGUCGAAGUGGCCGCUAGCCAUCAGCCAGUAAGUAAUUAUGCUUCGCAGUUUCCCUUGCCCAACAGCUACAUGUACAAUUGUGUUGCAGCCCAGUACAUACCAGAGACUCCUAACAGCCAUUCUGAGUUUGAUCAUCCUCCUUCCCCAUUCUCAAGCUAUGACAACAAAUCAAUAAACGACAAUGAUUUCAGCAAGCCUCCUCCUGAUCUACCUCCACAACUUCAAAUGUCACUGUUAAAUGAGCCAUCAUCUUUUAUGGCCUGUGAACAGUCUCUGCAACCGCCUCAACACACAGUGUUAAACCAUCUUUACAUCCAAAACAAUGAUGCUGGUCUUCCUGUGGCGCUCGGCUCCACAUUUCGCUUUCGCCAAAAAUAUGUCACUUUUGUACUAUACAAGACUUCAAGGAGGUGAGCUCUAUUUUCAUACUUAAUAGCUGAAAUUGGGGUUGGCUAAUAUAUAAUAUUGUCAAUAAAAAUGUGUUGUUGAAUAUGUUAGGUUAGAGAAGAGAUAGUUCUAGAAAAAAGAAAAAAAAAAGUAGUUCGCCAUAGAAACAUCCUACCGAAGUUGCUUUAACAUUUGAAUAUAAUAUUUACUUGCUUCCCGUUUGAGCUUAUAUGUUUCAAUGGCAAAUAUGCUGAUUUACUGGUGGUUGGAGAUGCUACAUUAGUCA